AUGCAUUCUUUAGACACCGAGUCAGUAGAGUUAGCUUCAUACAGAUUACGGGAUGCGGCUGUGUAUUGGUAUAUUGCUUGGAUGUCUUCCAGAGGGGCUAAUGCACCUCCACCCAUGUGGAAGCAGUUCGUAGAUGCCUUUCUUCGACAAUAUUUUCCACCAGAGGUCCAUCGGGCGAGAGUAGACAGAUUCUUGACUCUUAGGCAAGGGAACAGAAGUGUGCGGGAGUAUAGUCUCCAGUGUAACUCUUUAGCUAGGUAUGCUCCCACUAUUGUAGUCGAAAUGGAAGACCGAGUGCACCGGUUUGUGGCGGGACUCGAGCCGCUUUUAAUUAACGAAUGUUCCACAACUGCUUUACUUGACGGUAUGGAUAUUGCCCAUAUCCAAGCAUAUACUCAGAACCUAGAAGAUCAGAAGGGACAGCAGUCUGAGGAUUUGAAUGAGGGUCAGUCUAAGCGAGCAAGAUCUUCUAGUCAGUUAGAGGAUGUUAGGGGUAGUUUUAGGCCCCCACAUUCUGUCACUGGUAUCCCUUCACCAUCGCAGAGGCUGUCUUAUUCUGAUUCAAGUCGAGAUUCGAGGACUUCGAGUUUUCAGUACCAGAGAGAUUCAGCGCGGAUGAGGAUGCCUCUUCCACGAUGUAGUCAGUGUGGUAGAGCCCAUUCUGGACGAUGUCGUCAGGGCUCUGAUGUAUGCUAUACAUGUGGGGUUUUAGAUCAUGAGGGAUUACCUGAGGAAUGA